AUGACAGAGGUGAAACCUGCUGAGCUGAUCUUUCUCUGUUUCAUGCUGCUUCACGGUUUUGUAGCAACAUUAAAUUGCACAAGCCCAACUCCUGAAUCUUUGUUUGCUGCACUUGAGACAAAUGUAUUCACUAAAAAACUACUGCGACCUGUGAAAAACUUUUCAACUCCAAUUAACAUAACCGUUGGUAUCACUGUGGUGGGAAUUUUAGGAGUGGAUGAACAAUCCCAGGUCCUGACAACAAUGCUAUGGCAAGUCCUAGAGUGGGAAAUUGAGGGACUGAGCUGGGAUGAGGAGGAAUGUGGCUCUAAGAGAGUCUCUGUCCCUCGAGAACUGCUUUGGGUCCCAGAUAUCCAUAUCGCAGAGUUCAUGGACGAGGACAAAUCCCCCAAACCUCCCUAUGUCUACUUAGACAACACAGGUCAUGUUUAUGAUGAUAAGCCGGUCAGAGUGGUCAGCUCCUGCCGACUAGUAAUCUACACGUUCCCCUUCGAUGUCCAAGACUGCUUGCUGACCUAUGGAUCCUAUCUACACGUUGCGGCAGACAUAAGGCUGAUUCAGGGCCCCACAGCCGAAGAGAUACUGGCGGAGUCGCGAGAGGUGUUGGAGACCAAUGGGGAGUGGAAGCUUGAAGAUAUCCGUGUAGCUCCUUCUACCCUGACAUUAGAUGAGAGAAGUUUCUCUCAGAUCAAAUACCAUAUAAUUCUGAGACGUAGGUCAAUCCUCUAUGUGGUGAACCUGCUGAUCCCCAGCUGCUUCCUCAUCACAGUGGACCUCUUCAGCUUCAUGCUGCCUACUGAUAGUGUGGACCGUUCCUCCUUCAAGAUGACCCUCAUCCUGGGCUACUCCGUCUUCCUGCUCAUCAUGAACGACCUGCUGCCCAUCACCGGGGAGACACCUCUCAUCAACGUUUUCUUCUCCAUCAGUCUCGCUCUGAUGGUGACCAGCCUGUUGGAGACCAUGUUCAUCGUUAAUAUCCAGAACAGCACCAGCAACACAAUCAUGGUGCCUCACUGGCUCAGUGUACUCGUGCUACAAUAUCUCGCUGUUAUUGUUUUGCUCCCUCGAAAGAGAGUCGUCACCCGAGCCACUUACUUCUCCAACACAGCUGCCAGAGCACAGAAUUUCAGCAUCAACAGCAUCUCAGCAUUUCAUCUUCAGCACGCCUCUGGUGAUGACUCUCUAGCGAAACCCCCGAUGACGCCUCCGGAGCCGGCCCUGGAUGAGCUGAGGAAACUGAGCAGAGACCUCUCGGCCAUCCGCCUCCACAUAGAGAAACACGAUCAGGGGUGCAAAACCAUGGAUGAAUGGCGAAUGAUCGGCAAAGUACUCAACCGGCUGCUGUUCGGCAUGUACAUAGUCUUCAUCACUGUCAGCUUCAUCACCAUCAUAUGUAUCUGGAACUUGAGCAAGACACCACAAGAGGGUUGAAAGCGCGAUUGAGAAAACGUUCUUACGCAAUUGAGCAUGCAGUAUUCUGAGAUGAGGCGCAUGUUGAUUAAAUCUGUCAAAGAAUACAAUGUGAGUUUCUGUAUCUUGGACAACGUUGGUGGAGUUGUAUUUAUGAGAGUAACUAUUGACGAGAUCAUAUGAUGCUCUGACUACAUUUCUGGAUAAUAAUUUGAAAGGUUUUUCCCUCCUGCUUGUGCCAUCUAUCUUGCCUUUCAUACAGAUGAGGUUUUACAUG